AUGCGGCCUGUUAUCAUUUUAUCAUGGCUUCCCUUGGUCUGUACCCAGGCUUAUGGUAUGACCGAGUCGACACCGAAUAUGGAGAACCUCAUUGUUGAGCAAAUUCCAAUGACCUUUGUCCCUCCAGUGCCAGAAGACACGGCGACAAUAACCGCUGCGCUAGAUGAGAAGGCUCUUUUGAAAUGCCCAUAUCGCGACCGAGAUAUCUUCAAUGACAGGGGAGCUUAUUAUAGAAUCUACUACCAUUUAGCUGACGAUGCGUGUGAUGAACGUGCCGAUCUCAAUCCUGGCGGGCAGCCUCUUUACACCCCGAGAGGAUGUAUUCAAGCCUGCACUGAUAACCCGAAGUGUAAACGUGCUAUCUGGCCAGACGGUCUAGCCUCGGACGCAAAGGGGGGUGUUGUCUCAGGCCUUACACAGAAAUUGCUGGGCCUGUUCCUUUGGGGACGGGGUGCAAGGGUUAUAACAGUGCUCACCGGCAGUAGGACUGUGGUAGUUUCAAGGACUAUAGCAGACGCAACGUCUACAACACUGGGUUGA